AUGAAGGUCUACACCACAGAGCAGGAACUCCGCGAGCUUGACAUGGCCACCUACAGGGGUGGCCUUGAGGGUGCAGCUGCCGGUCUCGCCAUCUCUAUUCCCGGCGUUAUGGCUGCUUCUCGCUACUCGCCCGCCUUUGCCCGCCUGCCCCUACAAGCCAAGGCGUUCGCUGUCAUCCUUUUCACCGGCCCCAUCAUGGCCAUCCGCAUCGAGAACCGCAUGACACAGUUCGACGAAGAGCACAAUUGGACGGGAGCCACGCGGAAGCUGUUGGAGAACCAGCGCGAUGCAAAGGAGAUCGAGCUCGAGAACCUUCACGGCUGGAAGCGUAUGAAGCAAUGGGCCAUCAACAACCAGUACAAGGUCAUUCUCGGUAGUUGGGCUCUGUCCAUGAGUGUAGCUUCUGCUAUCAUCUUCAAGGACAGGCAUCAAUCUACCUCUCAGAAGGUUGUCCAAGCUCGUAUGUGGGCACAGGGUCUCACUGUCGGUAUCCUUAUCGGCGCUGGUAUCCUGACGCACUCUGCUCGUGAGGAGGCGGCGAAGCACCACACAGAGGAUCACUCCUGGCGUCAACUGCUCGCUGAGCAAGAGCGCGAAAAGGACGCGCUCAAAGUGCGCCAGAUGCAGCCUGGUUCAUAG